AUGUAUCAGUAUGGGCGCAUCAGUUGUAACAAAUGUAAGGCGGUCUCAAGGUUCUGCCCUCCAAGAAAAUCUUGCCGUGAUUGGAUAGGACCUCCAGAUAAAUAUUCAAACCUUCGACCUGUUCACUUUUACAUCCCUGAGAAUGAAUCACCAUUGGAGCAAAAGCUUAGAGAGUUAAGACAAGAAACACAAGAAUGGAAUCAACAGUUCUGGGCUAACCAGAAUUUGACUUUUAUUAAGGAAAAAGAAGAAUUUAUUCACUCCAGACUGAAAGCUAAAGGACUGGGCCUACAAACUGAAUCAGGUUAGUGCAUUUAUGCUUUGUUUUGGCUAAUACUGUUUUGGCAUGACCAGGUAGAAAGAAGGAAUGUUGAAUAAAGGAAGAAAGUUCAAGGGCAUGUCCCAGCCUCUUGGGAGCAGACUGUACCUUUCUGUGCCCUUCACUCCUGCCAGGUCUCUUUUUCUCACUUGUCUCCAGGGAUGACUUUUCCUUUGUAUACCCCUCACCGUUGGGAUUUCCCACAGGGCCAUGGUUCCCGUUUUUCUCCUUGGUGGUAUCAUAUCCUCUCAGGAUUUUAGGUCCCUCCCUAUUCUUUUUCUCCUUCAAUACUAGGGAUGAAUCU